GUGCUGUUAGCUAAGCGAUGCUAAUGCUAAUGUGAGAAUUGUGACAAUCCAAACAUUUGCUCAGGUGUAUUUGGGCCAUCAUCAUCUUCAUCGUCCUCAUCAUUCCAACAUGGAGGAAGGGGGAAGGGCUUGAGCAGACGGGGGCAGCAUUGAGCCAACCAGAUGCAUUGCUGGGUUAAGAUGGCGGCAAAACUGUGACUUCUUCAGUGCUCACCAUCAGCAUUUCGGGACCGAAAGGACAAGAUGCCGGAACAAGUUUUCCUCGGAGCGUGGCUGGGCUCUCCUUGAGAGAUAAGAUGAGAAACUCAAAGUAGAACCGCUGCAGCUGAUGUGGCUCGGGCAUCUGGUCAGGAUGUCUCCCGGACGUCUCUCUGGGGAGGAGUCCAGGGUGCUGCCCCCGCGACUCAACCUUGGAUAAGCCAUAGAAGUCGGAUGGAUCCAUGUUCAUGAGGCUGCCCCUGCUGGUCCACAUGAGAGGAGGAACCAAAAAGAACCUUCUCCAUGAUGGAGCAGGAAGCUGGCAGCACAUGAAAGAUUGCACGGGUCACCCCGCCUCAUCAGGUGAAACGCAGCGACCACCCCCCCCCCCCCCUUCCCCUGCCCUUCCCCGACCCGAGGUCACGACCUUCCCUCCGAACCCUUGCCCGGCUUCACCUGCUAAACCCGAUCCGACAGCGACCACUGGCCCCGCCUUUACCCCAUGGUGGCCCCAAGGCCCGCCUCCCGCCUCUCACUGCUGUUGGCUGUCCUGGCCUGCACGGGGCCCGUGCGCCCCUCGCCCCCCCUGCUGCUCCGGCCCCGGGAGAGAGAGAGGGACUCGGGUGGCGUCAACAUCGCCGUGGUCCACUCUGGCUCCUCCCUGCUCCCGGAGACGGCCGCGGUGGGAGGCGCGGGGGCCGGCGAGUCGGGGCCGGGGCAGGGGCCCGGUCUCGGAAACGGCCCAGGAGGAGGCGGUGAAAGGGGAGUGAUGGAUACGGCCUCGCUGGCGGGAGCGGUGGCCAUGGCGGCUUUCUCCUCCUCCUCCUCGCUGGCGGCGCUGGUCGGGGAGCCGGUGAUGACGCCGUCGGGCCAAGCUAACGUCAUCUACCUGGCGGUGAACGAGAGCAGCCCGGGAAGCCUCCUACUGCAGCUGUGCGAGCUGCUGGCCACCACGCCGCUGCAGGGUUUGGUGUUUGAGGAGGAGAGGCCGCCGCCCCCCAACCGUGCCCCCCUGGCCCCAAUGCUGGAGUUUGUCUCAGCCCAGACCGGUGUUCCCGUGGUGGCGGUGGGGGGAGGGGCCAGCCUAGGAAGAGAGCCACAGGAGAGCGGCUCCAUCUACCUGCAGUUCACCUGCUCCACCUUGCUGCAGCUGGAGGUUAUCUUCGAGGUUCUGGAGGAGUACGACUGGACCUCUUUCUCGGUGGUCACCACGCGUCACCAUGGUUACGAGGACUUCCUGGACAUGGUGGAGGGCAUGACGGACGGCUCCUUCAUCGGCUGGGAGAGGAAGAGCGUGGUCAUCCUCAACAUCACAGACGACCCGGGCGGGGCGAGGACCAAACGGCUCCUGAAAGACAACGAAGCCCAGGUCCGCUUGCUGUACUGCUCCCUGGAGGAGGCCGAGCUGGUGUUCCGGGCGGCCUGGGCGGCGGGGCAAGCCGGUCCCAGUCACAUGUGGUUCGCGGUGGGCCCGGCGCUGUCCGGACUGGGCCUGGAGGGGCUGCCUAAGGCCUUAUUCGCUAUCCGGCCUCAGGGCUGGAGAGACGAGCCUCGCAGGCGCAUCGCCAAGGGCGUCUCCGUGCUGACCCACGGGGCCAUGGCGCUGCGGCGGGAUCAGGGGGCCGCCGGCCGGGCGCAGUACGCCGGCAACUGCCAGACCGAUGGGAACCAGACCCAGCGUGUGGCGGACAGAAUCAGCAGGUAUUUCACCAACAUAUCCAUCGGGGGGCGGGACUACUCCUUCAACAAUGACGGAUACCUGUCCAACCCGCUGCUCGACGUCAUCUCCUACAACAAUGGGCGGGGCUGGGAGGAGGUGGGCUCGUGGGAGAACGGCCACCUGCGACUGCGCUACCACCCAUGGUCGCGUUACGGCUCCUUUCUCAAGCCCCUGGACGACGCCCAGCACCUGCGCGUGGUCACGCUGGAGGAGAGGCCCUUUGUCAUCGUGGAGCCGGCCGACCCGGGUACCAGCUCCUGCAUCCGGGACUCGGUGCCCUGCCGCAUGCCCCUCAACUCCAGCGUGGUGGUGGACGGCGGCACCCCCAUGAAGCACUGCUGCAAAGGCUUCUGCAUCGACGUGCUCAAGAGGCUGGCCAAGAUCGUGGGCUUCACCUACGACCUCUACCUGGUCACCAACGGCCGACACGGCAAGAACAUCGACGGGGAGUGGAACGGCAUGGUGGGGGAGGUGGUCUCCAACAGGGCCGACAUGGCCAUCGGAUCUCUCACCAUCAACGAAGAGCGAUCAGAGGUCGUGGAGUUCUCCGUUCCCUUCGUGGAGACGGGCAUCAGCGUCAUGGUUUCCCGCAGCAACGGCACCGUGUCGCCGUCUGCUUUCCUCGAGCCGUACAGCCCUGCCGUGUGGGUGAUGAUGUUUGUUAUGUGUUUGUCGGUGGUGGCCGUCACAGUCUUCAUCUUUGAGUUCUUCAGUCCUGUCGGCUACAACCGUAGCCUGCAGAGCGCCAAAAAGUCGGGCGGAUCCAAGUUCACCAUCGGCAAGUCUGUUUGGCUACUUUGGGCGUUGGUCUUCAACAACUCAGUGCCUGUGGAGAACCCCAGAGGAACCACCAGCAAGAUCAUGGUGCUGGUGUGGGCCUUCUUCGCUGUCAUUUUCCUGGCCUCCUACACCGCCAACCUGGCCGCCUUCAUGAUCCAGGAGGAGUACAUCGACACCGUGUCAGGGCUCUCGGACAAGAAGUUCCAGCAGCCCACCGAGCAGUACCCCCCACUUCGUUUUGGCACCGUGCCCAACGGCAGCACUGAAGAGAACAUUCGUUCCAACUAUCCCAACAUGCACCAGUACAUGAUCCGAAACAACCAGAAGGGGGUGGAGGAGGCCAUUGAUAACCUCAAGACCGGGAAACUGGACGCUUUCAUCUACGACGCCGCAGUGCUCAACUACAUGGCCAGGAAGGAUGAAGGCUGCAAGGUGAUGACCAUCGGCUCUGGCAAGGUGUUUGCCACCACGGGCUACGGCAUCGCCCUGCACAAGAACUCCCGCUGGAAAAGACCGCUGGACCUGGCGUUGCUGCAGCUGGUGGGAGACGAUGAGAUUGACAUGCUGGAGCGUCUCUGGCUGUCUGGAAUCUGCCACAACGAUAAGAUUGAGGUGAUGAGCAGUAAGCUGGAUAUUGACAACAUGGCGGGGGUCUUCUACAUGCUGCUGGUGGCCAUGGGUCUCAGCCUGCUGGUGUUCGCCUGGGAACAUCUGGUCUACUGGAAGCUGCGACACUGUGUGAAGAGAUCCGGCGGCAUGGACUUCCUGUUGGCUCUCAGCAGGGGCAUGUACAGUUGCUGCCAGUUUGAGGAUGAGACAGCUCCAGUGGGCAGAAAAAGUUCUCUGCCGCAGUACCACACGGUGAGCAACAUGCCCACCGUGGCCCAGCAGCAUCUGGUGACGGCCACAGUCAACAACACCACCGCCAUCGCCAUGGUGCAGCAGCAACAGCCGCCGAAGCACGGCCAAAAACAACCGCAAGGGCAGACCUACACCACCAUGCUGCCAGGGUCCCCACCGCCCACCGGACAUUCGGCAGUGGCUCUGGGACCCUCAAACAGCCCUCUUUUUGAAGGCCCCAUGCCCUGCUCAACCUUUCUGCCUCGCCAUGACCGCAGGCUGGCGGUGGUAGAUCGCUGGAACAGGCCAAAACCAGAGAAGGUCAUGAGCGCAGGCAGCGGUGCGAGUUUGGGCAUUGGGGGCAUAGCUGGGGGCAUCACUGAACUCCAGGCCCAGCAGCAGUACCAGCAGAACCUGGGACAACACUGGAAAGUGCAAGGUGGUGUCACAGGGGGAGGGGGUGACAGUGGCCUUGAUGAGUAUAAGCGUUACUAUGGUCCUAUCGACCCAGAGGGGCUGGGGGCCAACUCAGACCAACAGUUAGGAGGCACCCAACAGACUCCCAAAUCUAUUCCCAGAGGCCCCAAAGCUCCUGGAAUGCUACACCAGCCUCUGAAACGCCCCGGACCCUUAAUCAGUAAGCCCCCGCCCCCAAUCCCAUCCUCUCCACGAAGGCCUCCUUUCUGGAGACGUGGAAGCCUUGCUCAGACCAGGAGGAAGAGCUCAGGAGGUCCUCUGUAUGAGAACAUCCUUCCUCUGGGGAGGAGAGGAGGUGGAAGGUACGGAGCGAGUGAAGUUGGGGGAAGAAGGGGGCGACGUCCUCCUCCGCCUCCCCCUCUGACCGUCCCCCUUUCCUCUCCAACACACACCCCGACCACGCCCUCAUCCCCUUGCCGUUUCUACUCCACCUGCUCCAGCGCCUCUUCAUCUUCCUCUUCCUCCACAUCUUCCUCAUCCUCUUCUUCAUCUUCUGUCUCGGUCUCCCGCUCCAAUUCCCCGUCGUCUUGUUCCAGCGAAAGCUCGUACAACUCCUCAUUGAGCUUCCGCUAUCGAGCAGGGGACCGCGAUUUCACGCCGGAGGACGACUACGACUCCGAUCUACUCACGGAAGAGUCCAGUCUCCUCCUGGGGUCGCGGCGGAAGGUUCGCUCACGUCGCAUGUCAUCACGCUCGUUGCCGUGCAGCCCUCCGCCGCCACCCGUCCCACCACGCAAGCCACGCCCCCAGAGAGAAUACGGUCGAGAGAGGAGAAGCAGCCAGCUUGCACAGUUGCAGGAGUGGUGGGCGUCAUGGGCCGACAGAGAAAGGGGGAGGUCGGGGACAACCGGCCAGGGGGACAGGGCAGGGGGGCGGGAGGAGAAGAGGCAGCGCAAAGAGAGGGACCGUGAGAACAAGAGGAGGAAGAAGGGCAGGAAGAAGAAGAAGCGGGAGGACAGGGAGAGAGAGAGGGAGCGAAAGCGGCGCAAAGCCAAGAAAAAGAAAAAGAAAGAGGAGAAGGCGAAGAAAAAGGAGCGAAAGAGGUCGGAGCAGGAGGGAGGAGACGCUGACAAACGAGAGGAGGCCAAACCGGGCACCCCUGACUACCCGUCCUACCUCCACCUGAGGAGAGAAUCUUUUCGCAAGAAGAGUGAGAGCUCAAUCCGAAGCUACGGAUGGAACAUUCCGGGGGAUGACGACCGGAAGGAGAGAGACGAAAGAGACGAUGGGAAGGAGAGGCACCACAGACGCAGAAACAGCAAACACUACCAUUCCUCCAGCAAUAAGCCUUCAACAUCGGUCAAGUUCUGGGGCGGGAACGUCUCCUCCGACGCAAUUCCUUCUGCUUUCCUCCCCUUGUUGCCGGUCUCCUCCAAAAGGAGGAAGAGUAAAAGCUCAGAUCGGGAUGCUGUGGGAAUAGAAGGAGAAAGGAAGCCUUUGCUGGGCCGGAAUGGCAGAGGUGAGAUUCACUCCAAAGAAGGUUUGUCCUUCCAUGAGUGGGAAUCGGAAAUAGAGGAGGAUGAAGAGUCUGAUCAGGAGAGAAGGAAAGACGAGCGUGGGAAGAGACAAGCUCGGACCUUGUCCGACGAGGACAGAGAGCGUGACAAGGUCGUGGGGAUAUACUCCGACAAUGAGGGCUCCUCGGGAGAGUUUGGCAAGUUUGAGAGAUACUGGGACGAUCACGAUGGCAGGGCGGUCGGGGGCAUUGGGGGCGGGGGCUGGUUUUUCAGCACCUAUCCCUCCAGGGACAAAGCUGGCAGCAUCAACAGUCGAGAUGAUCUGUUCCUGGAGCGAAGCGAGAGGUGGGGGACGGGGGAAAGCGGAUGGGGGUCGGGGUCAUACUGGCCACCGUCUCCGCUCACGCCCCCCCCACCUCGACGAUACUGGUCGGUGGACAAGCUCCACAUUCAGGAUGAGAAAAAGAAGAAACGGAAGUCCAAGGACAAGAGCAGAGGACACACAGGGUGUUCUUCCUGCCACUCCCCCAGAGACCACCCGCAUUCGUCCAAUUGGGCCCGCAUCACCUCACGCAGCCAAGAAGAGCUCUACCCCCCAGGCCAGAGUUUUGGCACCCCCAAGCCCAAACACGACUCCUCAUCUUCCUCCAAGCCGGAUCGCUCACAGAAUCUGUCAAAGUCCGUCAGUCAGUCAAACCUGAGCCUCCACCAGCGGACGCAGCGGACAGACCGGGACCGAGGGCGGCUUCCAUCUCCGCCGUCUAACUUGCCGGCCCCGCUUCCCGCCCUUCCGGCUCCGCCGUCAUCAGUCCACCCGAUCCACGCACCUCCCCCUACCUCGUCCUCUUCCGUGUCCUCUCACUCGGUGGUGUCAUCCACUCCGGGGGCGCCCCAGCCUUCCUCCAUCGCUUCUGCAAGUGCCAAACUGCAGUACCAGAGAUUGCGCUCAGUUCCUCAGCCUCAGAGGUUCCCUCAGUCUCCUCUGUUGCCUCUCAAAGCCAAGACCCUCUGCUCGCGAAGGGGCUCGGCCCAUUUCUCCAGCGUGGAGAGCGAGGUGUGAUGUUAGCGCGGCGAUGCAGGUCAGCGAAUACGCGGCGAGUCCUUCCUGAGGCUCUGCACAAAACAAGCAGAUAGUUUAGAAGGAACACAGGAGCUGACUCUUUCGUUCCUCUCGGAACAGAACCCCCAGAAACAUUUUGCAUUCCAAGUGGGGCAAUCAAUCUUCCCAGCUGAAGGACACUCCUUUGCUCCGGACAGUAAAGGGCUUUGGGUGUUGGAGCAGAACAGUCAUUUGUAUUCAUCAUGCGUUCUGAGGGCUCAGGAACUUUCUAGUACUGUACGCCUGCUGCUCCUGGAAGCCUUUAACACAACACUGUUCUUCUUUGCCCCUGAAACAAAUCGCUUAGCCCCACUUUCCCUUUUCCCUGAAAAACUGUUUACAUCCCCGCAGAACUGUGACGCCGAGCAGAGGCACUUUCCUUCCUAGUGUGUGAUCAAUACCUUCUUGUUUGGAGGGAGAGAAGCCUGGUAUCGCCUUUGUUUGCCAUCUUGUCUCCUCCUUCCUCCAGAACGUUCUCUGCUUUACCUUUCUCCGCCUCGUUCACUGUCGCCGUCUCUUCUCCUCAGUGUGAUUCUUGCGUCUUUGUGCUUUUUCUGUGUUUGUAUUCUUGACAACAGGGUAAGUCAACUGUGACUGCUGGCUUCACGAACAGUCGUAGCGCUCCCAAAUGGUCGCACCGGCACACGCAUUAAAGGGCACAUACUACAUACGGUACUACAUGCUAGUACUACAUGCUAGGGCGCUGAGCCAGUCUCUUCAUCUCUUCUUUCCCCAGCAAUACAUAUCUUCAUCCUACGUUUUUGCAUACGUGUUCCACGUUUGGCAGCUUUGCUUUCCUCCUGUGUUUGUCGUCGUCGAUAUUGAUGUUGAUCUAUAUAAAUCUAUAUAUUGAGAAAUGUAUUGAGUCUAAUACAAUGUAAGCACUGUGCCAUACGACUCAAGCUUGAGUUCCCGUCAAAUAUUUGCCGGACUACCUACUGACAAGCCCCUCCUCGUAUUGGACCGAAUGUAGUCAGCCGCUGACACGUGCGCUGCCGCAAUUGACACACUUGAAGAUGGACGGCGUAGCGUCGGGAACGGCCUCGCUAGGCUAAUGCGGUUGCUAUCCAGGACUGCAUAGGUUUAGCGGGGUUUUUUUUUUCCCAAAUCUAGAUUCCAACCCAUGUUUGCAGAGCAUUUAGCAUGGCAGCAAGCGUCUGUCUUGCGAGGCGGUGCUACACAGUUAGACGAGGCCACAGGUUGCUGCAGGGAAAUACGUACAUGUAGCCUUAUGCUAACUGCUCCUGCCAUACAUACCGAGGGUUAUGUUCCGUGGAGUACGUACGCUCUUGUAGUCAAUGCAGUGUCAUUACUUGGGCUAAUUUGGAAGUGCCGUUUUGAUGUCAAAGAGACAGUGCCUACGUGUGAUGCUAGCUCGCAGUCGAGUGGUGUACAGUGCGAACGACACGGCGGCGCCUCCUGCAAACUUUUUAAAUAAUCUUUCUCACCUCCUGGACGAGCAGUUUUGUAACCGGCGAGCGAGCUGACACCAGCAGCGACACUCCAGCAAAUAGCGAGAACAGAACACUUUAGCGCCACAUGUUGAGUUUGCCUGGAACUGCAUCUGAGCCAUUAUUUACAAAACAGAGUUACUUUUUUUUAACGCAAAUACGUGUAAAGAGUUUAUCUGCCUAAAUCUACGUAUACAUACAUAUAUUUACUUAUAUAUGUAUCUGUGGCAGUGUUGUUAUUGUUUCUCAUCAUUACGUGAUAAAACCGCCAAAAAGAGAGACCUCCACCAAGGCACCGCCCCUUCUUUUAAUGGCCAUCGAAAACGGUGGCAAGUCCAAGUCCCUGCCUGGUUUUGGUCACGUCCAUCAUGGUGCGAUCUAUACUUGUAACAGAUGAAAAAAGAAGAAAAAUAUUGAGAUCUAUUUGUUUGUCGAAAUAUAUAAUCGUAUAUGUUCUAUAAUAAGUUUGUCUAUAAUCUGGCUGAAGAUCUUUUUGUGUGUCCGUCCCCGUCCGGACCCCCUUGAGCCCCCGCCACAGAGACCACUAUGUAACUGUGUUCUUGCACCAGGUUGCUAGCCAGUGACGGUGUGUGUGUGGGGGGGGUGGGGGCCCCAGUGUCUUAUGACCCUUUCACUGUAGCGGCGGUGGCGAGCGGCGUUUUGUCCACCUCGAGGGGCCUUUCUCUUCGCUCUACGUCAUUUUGGGGAUAAAGCAGCUUUUUGACCACACGCCCUCCAAACGGCAUGUAGCGAGCAGCCUUUUGCAUACGUCAGUAGCUUCGCUGUGACACCGCGACCCCUCCCUUGCCCCCAAAACCCCCACCAUAAAGACUCGUCUGCUGUGCUAACCGACAAACACACUGUUUUCUGUCUUCAUUCACGCGAGGGGGCGGGGCUUCCUCUGAGGCUUCAACUGGUCACAGCAGGGCACUUUUUUGCAACAAAAUCUAAAUAAUAUCUAUAAAACAUCUUUAUUCAAAUAUAUAUAUAACGAGACUACAUUUACGAGCCCUGGCGCUACCACUUUUAGCCUGCAGGGGGAGACAGCCGACUGGUGAUUGCUUGAUGCUAGCUGAGCAACAUUGUUACACACACGAGCAAGGAUGACAGUCAUGUGAUGACAGAUGAUUUUA